AUGGACGCAACCCUGGACUACAUCGGGCAGGUACCACCACGCAUUUUGAUACUUGCAGCUGUCUUCCUCCGAUUGAUUCUUAUUGUCGUGGCGGAGGUGCAGGACUAUCUUGCCGAGGUGCCCUACACCGAUGUGGAUUACCAAGUUUUCACUGAUGCUGCAGAGUCCAUUUCCCUCGGGCUCAGCCCCUACGAGGGGCGAACCGCCUUGCUUGCGGCUGAAGCAACCCGCUAUCGAUACACGCCACUUCUCGCUUAUCUUCUGCUGCCAAAUGUGUGGCUCCAUAAGGCCUGGGGCAAGCUGCUAUUCUCUGGUCUCGAUGUGGCUGCGGCAUGCCUGUUGCAGGGCAUCUUGCAGCACAAGGGUUCGAAGCGGAUCAGCUUGUGCUUAGCCUUGUGGCUCUUCAACCCCUUCUGCUUUACCAUCUCGACAAGGGGCAGUGGCGAGUCAGUCGUCGUGCUGCUAAUCUAUGCUGUCAUCUACUUCCUGGAGGUACGGAAGAAUUGGCCUUUGGCGGCGCUGUGUUAUGGGAUUGCUGUCCAUUGGAGGAUCUACCCCAUCGUCUAUGCACUUCCUAUCGGACUAUUUCUGCUGGGCUUUGGAAGAGCCCAGAAUUUCUUGCAGCUGCUGGGCUUUGGGUCUCUGGCGGCUGCGGUCUUGCUCGGGCUUGGCUUCGCUUGCUACAAGUUGUAUGGUCAGGAGUUCAUCGAAUGCUCAUACCUUCACCACAGUAGCCGAAGGGAUCCUCAACAUAACUUCUCCGUCUACUUCUACCCGACGGCACUCCAUUUGGAAGGGGCUUUGCAUGGAAUGGUUCCAGACCUGGCACGUUUCGCCGCGGUCCCGCAGAUUCUGCUGUGUGCCUGGCUGGGCUUUGCAGCGCGAGAUGAGCUUCCCAUUGCUAUGCUGCUGCAGACCCUGGCUUUUGUGGCCACCAACAAGGUGCUCACAGCGCAGUACUUCGUGUGGUGGCUUUGCCUCGUGCCUUUUGUCCUUCCGAAACUUGAAAGCUGCUCCCGGCUGCUCCGCUCCAUGCUGGUGUGGAUGGCAGCAGAGGUUCACUGGCUGCUCUGGGCCUACCUCCUGGAGUUUAGGCAGCUACCUGUGCGACCGGCUGUUUGGGUAGCCAGCUGCCUCUUCCUUUUGGCUCACAUCAACGUCCUCCGCGAAGUUCGACGGGGCAAAGGACCCAAAGCUCAUGCUGCGUGA